UUGAAGCUCAGAGAGUGUCCUCCGUGUAACUCAGCUGAUCUCACAUCUCCUGUCAACAUGUCCUACAAAUGCUGUUCUGGAAGCUUCUCCUCCCGCUCCCUCGGGGUCCACCUGCGCUACCCAGGCUUCUCCUGUGGCUCCUCCUUCCCCAGAAACCUGGUCUACAGGACUGACCUCUGUUCUCCCAGGAUCUGCCGGCCCACCCGUGUGGUGUUCAAGCCCUGUCAGACGUCCAGCUACCAUCCAAGGACCUCCACUCUCUGCAGUCCCUUCCAGAUAACUUAUUCUGGUUCUCCUGGAUGUGGGUCUAUUAGAGGCUGCUCCCUGGGUUAUGGAUCUAGAAGCUGCUACUCUCUGGACUGUGGAUCCAGAGUGGGCUGUGGAUCCAGAGUCUUCAGACUGCUGGGUUAUGGAAUUCAUGGCUUCCCUUCCCUGAGGUGUGGAUCCAGGUUCUACCACCCAGCCUACUUGGCUUCUAGGAGCUGCCAGUCUUCUUGCUAUAGGCCAAUCUGUAGAUCAAACUUCCGUAGGUCAACUUGUUGA